AUGUUGCUGUGGGACAGCAGGGUAGCAGUGGAAAAUAUACGACUAUUGGUCAACCAAGAAAGAACAGGAGAGGUGGAAACCGUGUGGGAUGUGACAGAGAAGAGAAAGAAGUUUUGGGAGAAGCUAGAUGAAGCUGUUGAGUUUAUUCCAAUGGAGGAAAGACUCAUAAUUGGUGCGGAUUUUAACUUACAUGUUGGUGAGGGAAACAGUGCAGAUAAGAAAGUGAAAGGAAAGUAUGGAUAUGGUGCACGUAAUGAUGAGAGUCAAGCCAUUGUAGACUUCGCCUAUCACACAGACACCUUUUAUAGUAAGUGUGAAUCGCUCAAGGUCACAUGCACAAGUGGAGGCAGGCGUACUCAGAUUGAUUACAUCCUGUGCCACAGGGUGUAA